GUCGUAGUCUCUGGUUGUGCAACCGAUCACUCUUCCGGGCCAUGCAGGGUAGUUGAAGAACGAGGCCACCAUGGUGCUAAACCCUGUCAUUUCCAAGCUUUCUGGUAAACUGGUUGUACUUGCAAGUGCUUCUCCUAGACGACUGGAGAUUCUUCGCAAUGCGGGCUUACGCUUUGAGGUGGUGCCGUCAUGGUUCAAAGAAACCCUCGACAAGAGACUCUUCAAAUCCCCUCAGGAGUAUGCAGUUGAGACAGCCAAACAGAAGGCACUGGAGGUGGCCAGGCGGAUGCCUUUUAAACACCUGAAGACUCCAGACAUAGUAAUCGGGGCAGAUACUAUUGUGACUGUAGACGGUUUGAUACUGGAGAAGCCAGUGGACAAGGAUGAUGCUUACAGAAUGUUGUCCAGGCUGAGUGGUAAGGAGCACAGUGUCUUCACUGGCGUAGCUAUUGUCCUCUGUCAUGAGAAAGAAAAUGAAGAGAUUGAUUACCAGUUAAUUGACUUCUAUGAAGAAACAAAGGUGAAAUUUGCUGAUCUCUCAGAAGAUAUGCUCUGGGAGUAUAUCAAUAGUGGUGAACCCAUGGACAAAGCUGGUGGCUAUGGCAUUCAGGCUCUUGGCGGAAUGCUGGUGGAGUUCGUCCAUGGAGACUUCCUCAAUGUUGUGGGUUUUCCCCUCAACCACUUCUGCAAACAGUUGGACCUUAUUUACAACCGCUGUCCUUUCUCCUCUGACGAAGAAAGUGCUUCUGUUGAGCUGCACCACAACAGCUCUCACACUACCUUGAUAGAAAGUCAGCAUUCAUCGAAACUGCCUCCUCAGUCCACCCACAGUCCCAUCAUCUUUACAAAAGACAAUCUUUCAUCCAGCCCCAGAUCUAACAGUCCUCCUGGCAGUCAAACACACCAGAAAAGCCCUUCGGUCAGUCCUGCUCAUAAGGUGAAAAGGAAAGGCAGUGAAAGUGAAGUGGGUGAGAGUUCCCGGACACUGGUCAACAGCUUGUCCAAACAUACAGACAAGAGAGAGAUACAGGGCUCAAAUCAUACACUACCUACGAUGACCAGCAGAGGGCAGUUGAUUGAAUUCAAUGUAACCGAGCAUGAGGAUAGCGAACCUAAAAAGGAGGACUUACAGCAAAUCAUUCAACUGAUGGAUGGAUUCAAAGCAUCAAAGGCGCUGUUUACUGCAUCCAAGAUGGGUGUGUUUGACCUGCUGCAGAGAAAGCCAGGGCUAGAUGCAGCACAGGUGGCUCAGGAGAUCAAAGCUGCAGUGAAGGGGACCGAGGGUCUGCUCGGAGCCUGUGUGUCUCUGGGAUUGUUACAGAGCAAGGAGAAAUCGUCCCAGAGGCCAGUUUACAAAAACACAGAUCUUGCUACUCGUUAUCUUUGGUCAGAUUCUCCUUUCUCCCUGCACGGCUACAUUCAGCACUGUAAUGAAACAUUGUGGCCUCUUUUCUCCCACCUUGAGAGUGCUGUGCGUGAGGGAACCAACCAGCAUGAGCGGGCUUUUGGCAAAAAAGCAAAUGAUUUAUUUCAGGAUACCUACUAUAAUAAUCAAAGUGUCAAGCUGAGGUUCAUGAAUGCCAUGCACAGCAUUGCUAAAGUUACAGGAAAAGCUGUAGCAACGGCCUUUGACCUUUCCAGUUAUAAAACAGCCUGUGACCUAGGAGGAUGCACUGGUGCCAUUGCCUAUGAAUUAACCAAAGCCCAUCCUGAAAUGUCUGUAACGGUGUUUGACUUGCCAGAGGUGGUUGAAAUGAGUGAACAUUUCCAUCCAUCACACACUGACAACAGGGUAUCAUUUGUAGCAGGGGAUUUUUUUAAGGAUGAAUUACCCAAAGCAGACCUAUACAUACUGGCACGAAUCCUCCAUGACUGGCCUGAUGAGAAAGUUCAUAUCUUGCUGAAGAAAAUUGGAGAUGCAUGCACACCAGGAUGUGCAGUGCUUCUAGCUGAGACCAUGUUGGAUGGACAGACAGCCUACUCUGCCCUGCAGGGUCUUAACAUGUUGGCCCAGACUGAAGGGAUGGAGAGGACAGAGAGCCAGUACGCAGACUUACUGAGUAAACAUGGCUUUGGGGACACUCGUGUGGUUCGCACCAUGAACUUCCUUGAUGCUUUCCUUGCCGUUAAAAUGUAGCAAGUAAAUUAUUCAUGUGUCCUGUGUUACUGUUUUGACCCAAAAGAGCCUAAAUACUGUAUACAUUGUGAAGUAUAGGAAUGGAGAUCUGCUGUCACAUGUUGACCUGGGUUGACUUUCUUUAGGCGCCUUUGAGUUUAUGUACUGUUAAGUAUGAUCUUUGUAAUGACCACAACGGAUCUCAGAGAACACAGACCAACCAUCGACACUGUUAUAACCUGUGUUUUCUGCCUUUUUGUCUGUUGAUGCCACUGAGGGGCUUAACUGCCUGCCAGGAUGGUAAUACAACUUUAAUGUACAUGUUCUAAAGUAAUUACUACUAAUUCAUUUGUAAUUAUAAAUUAAUAAACCACUCUCCAACGUCAAAGGGAAAAACAAUUGGUCCAUUCUUCAUCAUACCAUUUAGUUUCAUACCAGUUGGUGCUUUAGUUUUUGCAUAAUCCUGCUGAUACAUAGACAAAUAUCAGUGAUCACAUAAUUUUCCUGUCAGAUGUAAUUUUUCAGGUUGACAUGACUUGAACUUUAGACCACUGAAAGAAUAUUGCCAGCAGUGCUAAGGGCAAGGCCUUUCAUAAGAGGAACUGUAAAAUGAACAGACAGUCACAUGAGAAAACAGACAAGAACCAAGGGACAUAUGACUGGGUUAACAACUGCCUGUUAGACCUCAAUACAUAGUUUUUUGGGGGGUUUUUUUAGGAAAGAAGAGCCAAACAAUGGUUUCUUAAAAUCUAGCUCCAUGUGAAGCAGCAAAGAACGCUUUUUUUUGUUACUGUAUUACUUCACUGAUGUGAUAUUUGAUAUUCUGGGAAUGUAACCUCUUGAUUGUUUUUUUACAGUUGUUGCUGCAGUGCUCUAUUUUCUUGCUAUGUUACUAAAGCUCCUCAAGAUGGCACCAGAAACCUGUAGAUCUCUUCAGAAAUGGUUGCGCAUAGUUUCCUUUAUUGUUCAAUGGACUAAUUAUUUCCAGUGACAAGUGGAUGUGAAUUGUUGUAAUCAUUUGUGACAACAAGAGUUUACAUGUUUCAGCUCA